GCUCCGCCUCCAUGAUGUCGUUGAAGCUGGCGUUUCCCACAUUCUUGGCCAGCUGAAAGAGGAAAAACAUUGAGUUGGUGGUCUCCACACCUUCAUGCUCACGUUCCAUAACUAGUCCAUCUAAUGCUGGACACGUGGACAGGGAAGGGGACUCACCAGCAAUUCGGAUGUUCCCAAGACGUCCAGGUCCAGACUCUGGAUCCUCGAGUAGUGGACUCCCAUUUCUCUGUGGAUUCCUGAGCACUCGAUGCAGAUUAGCACCCCGAGGUUGGUGGAAAGCCAUGUGGGAUCUGCAGGAAGACAAUCCACCUUUUUAAAGCCUGUUAUCGUUCUCACUGUUAGCACUUAAGCUCCGGUUCUAUAGCUACAGAAGUACUAGAGCUAGCGCUGCUAGCAUGGUGGUCACCAGGAGCGCCGCAGUCGCAGCAGACGUUGUUUCCGCUGAUCUUCUUCACUUCCUGCACGAUGGCUUUGGUGAGCUCCUGUACGAUGUUGUCCCCCUCGUCCUGGUCUCCUUUGAAGGCUUUGUUCAAAGCCUCUUCUUUGCUGUUCUGAAGAACCGACACCCAGCUGCAACACGCAGAACCUCACAGGUCGGUACGUCACAAGUCAAGAGUCAAACUUCAGGGUACUCACAGCUGACAAUCUGCCUCCUCUUCUGCUUGGAAGUGAUACGUCCUGUCAUCUGUGGGAGACCACACACGCCUCGGACAUUUGUUCUAGCCGUGAUGUAGGCGAUAUUCUAACCACGUUAGGUCAUUCAUCGUGUUUUAGAUUUGUUCUGGUCGUGUUCUAGCUGUGUUUUAGGGAUUUGUCCAGCCAUGUCUGUGUUCCAGGUAUUUGUUGUAGUCGUGUCUAGCUGUCUCUGGGGAUUUGUUGUAGUGUUCUAGCUAAGUCUAGUCAUGUUCCAGGUUUGUUCUAGUCAUGUUCUAGGGAUUUGUUAUAGUCGGGCUCUGGUGGUGUUCUAGGGAUUUGUUGUUGUUGUGUUCUAGCUGUGGAAAGGCAAUGUUAUAAAUGCAUUCUAGAUGUGCUCCACUCGUACUGUAGAUUUUGUUCUAGUCAUGUUCUAGCUGUGUUCAAGGGAUUUGUUCUAGUUGUGUGUGUGUUCUAGCCAUGUUCCAAGUUUGUUCUAGUAUAGCCGAGUUCUAGGAAUUUAUUGUAGUCGUAUUCCAUCUGUGUUUCGGCAAUGUUCUGACCGUGUUCCAGAUGUGCUCUUCUUGUAUUAUAGAUUUGUACUAGUCGUAUUCUAGCCGUGUUCUAGGGAUUUGUUCUAGCCGUGCCUGUGUUCGAGUCCUCUUCCAGGUUUGUUCUAGUCGUGUUCUAGCUGUGUGCUACGAAUGUUUUUGUAGUCGUGUCUAGCUGUGUUCUAGCUGUUCUGUAGGGAUUUGUUGUAGUUGUGUUCUAGCUGUGUUUUCAGCAAUGUUCUAACUGUGUGCCAGAUUUGUUCUAGUCCAUCAUAGUCAUGUUCUAGACUUGUUCUAGUCAUAUUCCAGGUGUGUUGUCGUCAUGUUCUAACCAUGUUCUAGUAUUCUAGUCAUGUGAAAGGAAGUGCUCUAACUGUAUUCUAGUCGUGUCUAGUCGUGUUCUAGUCGUGUUGGGCGCUUACGUGAAAUCAAGUCAAAGUUCUUCUUGUCGUCGGGGUUUUUCUUCACCUGACAGGUGAGCAGGUUGAGUUUGGCAGGUGGACGGUUUGCCUGAAAGAGGAAACAUUGGUGUUGGUGUGAAUGAAAAUAAAGCUCCAUUUACUCGUGCGUUAUAAUGUUUCUGUGAGACGAGCCUCCUCCUGAUUGGUAGUUUGAGUCAAACAAAAAAAGCAGCUAGUGGGCGUGGCCUACCGUGGCGUGGCAGAUGGUCAGGAAACCAUUUUUCACUGAGCACUUCCUCUUCUGCCACACUUUCCUCAACCUAGACGACACAGCACAUUGCUAUGAGCACGGUGAUGGCGGCCAUGUUGACUGCCGAAUGGUGGGAACCGGCGUGUUGACUCACCCCUCACUCCUUUUGUACAGAACUCCGAUACGCUCGGUUCCGUGGGCCUUGUUCCCCUGCAGCUGGUGCAGACUGUAUCCAGCCUUCUGCUUGGCCGGGGUCUCCUGUCAAAUCACACACAGCCGUUAGCGCCCCCGUGGACUUCUACUGGUCGGCUCGCCCGUCAAGUCAGAGGCAGCAACCUCUCUGGUCUCCGACUGCAGCGCCGCCUUGAGGACGUCUCUGAGCUGACUCAGUUGUUUCCUCUCGCCGUCCUGCGUCUGUUUGAUCUGCACAGGAAGUCACGCACCUCAGACAAAGGUUAAAAGGUCAAAUACAUGUGACGCCGCCAUCCUCACCGCCGUCAGCUCAGACGCCAUUUUCUCUACGGAGGGCUUGAGACUCUCCACGGCCUUCAGGCCAUCCUGGAAGAAACUGAGACCGCCAUGUUCAUGUGACAGUAUGGUUGACAGGACAAUUAAUAGGAUGAUUGACACGAUGGUGUAGGAUCAUUAAAAAGACGAGUGACUCGAUGAAUGACAUGAUUAUUGGCAGGAUUAGUGACACAAUGAUUAAAAGAAUGACUGACAGGAUAAUUAACAGGAUUAUUGACAGGAUGAGCAACAGGAUAAUUGAAAGUAUGAUUGACAGGAAGAGUGACAAAACGAGCGACAGAAUGAUUGACAGAAUAAUUAACAGGAUGAGUGACAGGAUGAGUGACAGAAUGAGUGACAGAAUGAGUGACAGGACAAUUAACAGGACAGGUGACAGGAUGAGUGACAGGAUUAUUGACAGAAUGACUGACAACGAUUGAGAGGACAAUGGACAAUGAUUGACAGGAGAUUGGCAGGAUAAUUAACAGGAUGAGUGAAAGGAUGAGCGACAGAAAGAGCAACAGGACGGGUGACAGGACAAUUAACAGGGCAAGUGACAGGAUGAGCGACAGGACGACUGAUGGAAUGAUUGACAGAAUUAUUGACAAGAUGAGUGACAGAAUUAUUGAUAGGAUGAGUGACAGAAUGACUGACAGCACACUUAACAGGAGGAGUGACAGGAUGAUUGACAAGUUAAUGAACAUUGAGUGACAGGAUGAGCGACAGGACAACUGACAGAAUGAUUGACAGAAUGAUUGACAGGAUGAUUGACAGAAUGACUGACAAGUUCAUGAACAGGAUGAGUGACAGGACGACUGACGGAAUGACUGACAGAAUUAUUGACAGGAUGAGUGACAGAAUGACUGAGAGCACAACUAACAAGAGGAGUGACAGGAUGAUUGACAAGUUCAUGAACAAGAUGAGUGACAGGAUGAUUGACAAGUUCAUGAACAGGAUGAGUGACAGGACGACUGACGGAAUGACUGACAGAAUUAUUGACAGGAUGAGUGACAGAAUGACUGAGAGCACAACUAACAAGAGGAGUGACAGGAUGAUUGACAAGUUCAUGAACAAGAUGAGUGACAGGAUGAUUGACAAGUUCAUGAACAGGAUGAGUGACAGGACGACUGACGGAAUGACUGACAGAAUUAUUGACAGGAUGAGUGACAGAAUGACUGAGAGCACAACGAACAGGAGGAGUGACAGGAUGAUUGACAAGUUCAUGAACAGGAUGAUUGACGUCAUACUUGCACUGGGCGUGGAAAUACUUGAUGAGGUUCUGCAGGAAGUCCACACCCUUCUUCACUUUGAUGUCGUUGACCUUCAGCAGGUACUACAGGACAGCGUCGCACGUCACUUCCCGUUUGUCCCUGAGAGUGACCUCCGACCCCUAGGCGAGCUUACCUCACACAUGUUCAGCUGGAACAUGUGGCGUUCCUUCUCCAUCUCCUCGGCAAUCUCUCCGCCGCUGAAUUCAUUGCGAAUCAUGCCGUGCUGCUUGGCGUGCUCACGCUUCUCCUUCUCCAGCUUGGACCUGCACAGGUCAAAACUCAAGGCCUUAUCGAAGGGCUUCUUCAGGUCCUGAGGAGACAUGUCACAUGACCUCAACCAUCUGGUUAGCACUUCCUGUUAGCAUGUAUGAGAGGACACACCCCCUUGACGCCCCGCAGGUCCCCUUUGAGCAGACUGUCCAGUGGGAAGGAGAUGAUGUUGUUCAUGUUCUGAAUCUGACAACAGGUAGUCACACUGCAUCGACACGUCGCCAUGACAACAGCAAAUGGGGGGGCUUUGUGGAUCCUCACCAGGUUUUUGAAGAGUGCCACCAGCUCUUUGGUGAAAACGGCAAACUUGAGAAAGGCGGAGCCCACCUCUGCGUCGUCAUUGCACACACAGUUGUCCCCCAACUUCUCCAUGGCAUGCACGUACUGCUCCUCGUGCUCCACAUGCGCUGCCCAUGCACGCACAUGCACACACACACACACACACACACACACACACACAGUUAUUCACGUUUGUUGUGAUGAAGGAAGCUGCACCCUCAGCAUGCUGGGACACGAGUGGGAAUGAUGGGAAUGUUUUACAGGCCAGAUACUGCUUGCCCGCCAUGCUGGAACCACCUCUAACAAGUGUGUGCGUGUGCGUGUGCGAGUGCAGUGCGCCUUGAUGAUGUUGUCAAGGCAACACGUUUGUCAAGAAUGCAGGGUAAGGUGAGCGUCUCACUCAGACCAGACGUGUGCACGGCCUUCACCGCCUUCUUCAGUUUGGACAGGACUGAGCGCUCCACAUCCAGAACCUGAAGAGAUACAGUCAUGUGACUACUUUAUUAGAAAUCAUCAAGUUGCUUCACACUGCCAUAUACCUAUUUCUUUACACACACACACGCGCGCACGCGAAGAUGAGUGGACAGAAAGGAACAGAAUUGCGUUCUCCCAGCAUGCAACAGGAGGGGGAAGUUGUACUUCCUGUUGCGAUGUAACACGGUUAGCGUCACAUGACUUCCCGUGAAGCUGUACAUGACUUAUUUUUUUCAAACUGUCAGGCACAUACAUCCAUGACCCCUGACCUCUGCAUUCAAUCGGCACAGGUGUGUCCUGUCCUCUUACCUCCUCCAGGGCGGACACGGUGUUCCUACAGUGGGACAUCCGCGUGGAGAAGUUGGACGUGGUGGGGGCCUUGUAGUCUUCAUUGCACUCGCCGACGAACUCGGUAACGCUGAUCAUGUCCGGCAUAGCUGAGUGGAGAGUUCGAACCCGGAAAAGAGACGAGUGCAGCCUCAGGUGGGGCGUGCACACCUGGAGUGUCCCCGCACGCGCGCGCGCACACACACACACACGGUAAACUUAACUACGUGUUUCCCGUGACUUUUUCAAUUCGUCUUCAGGUGUAUUUCCGUUGAGGUGAGGCGCGUCAGGUUCCUCCGUGCGCGCCCUUCGGCGCCAGCAGACGUCUCACUUGCUUAACUUCCCACAGACCUAACUCUGUAGGCCACGCCCACAACACUUCACGUAACUUUGACGUCUAAGGAGGACUAGAAAAUAUCUUCACUUUAUUCGCUCAUCUUUGUGUUAAUAUAAAAUACAAAGCAAAAACUACACAGUGUUUUGUGUACGAUACAAAUCAUUGGACAAGCGCAUGUAAGAAGCCAUUUCGUCCAGAAGGUGGCGGUAAGACGACGCUAUGAACGCGAAGUCCCGCCCGGGACAAACGAAGAAGAACAACAGCGGAAAUAAUGCUGAGCUAAACUUAUGGCGGAGUCUCACCUCUUGUCUUAAAUUCUGGUUAUUUUUUAAAUCAAUUUUUUGCACUUACUCAGUUAAAGAUGACAACGAAACGCAAACCAGAGACAAUAGUCCCCGCGGAGGAAAGCGAUCAGCUGCUCAUUCGUCCUCUUGGGGCAGGUCAAGAGGUGGGAAGGUCCUGCAUCAUCCUGGAGUUUAAAGGAAGAAAGAUCAUGCUGGACUGUGGGAUCCACCCGGGCCUUGAGGGCAUGGAUGCGCUGCCUUACAUCGACCUGAUCGACCCAGCCGAGGUGGACCUGCUGCUCAUCAGCCACUUCCACCUGGACCACUGUGGAGCUCUGCCCUGGUUCCUGCAGAAGACCAGCUUCAAGGGGCGCACUUUCAUGACGCACGCAACCAAGGCCAUCUACCGCUGGCUGCUGUCAGACUACGUCAAAGUCAGCAACAUCUCGGCAGACGACAUGUUGUACACAGAGACGGACCUGGAGGAGAGCAUGGACAAGAUCGAGACCAUCAACUUCCACGAGGUCAAGGAAGUGGCUGGCAUUAAGUUCUGGUGUUACCAUGCUGGGCACGUGCUCGGCGCCGCCAUGUUCAUGAUCGAGAUUGCCGGCGUCAAGUUGCUGUACACAGGAGACUUCUCACGUCAGGAGGACAGACACUUGAUGGCGGCGGAGAUUCCCAGCGUGAAACCCGACAUCCUCAUCACGGAGUCCACCUACGGUACACACAUCCACGAGAAGAGGGAGGAGCGCGAGGCACGUUUCUGCAACACCGUCCACGACAUCGUGAACAGGGAAGGCCGUUGUCUGAUUCCCGUCUUCGCGCUGGGACGAGCUCAGGAGCUUCUGCUCAUCCUAGACGAGUACUGGCAGAACCACCCAGAGCUCCAUGACAUUCCCAUCUACUACGCCUCGUCCUUGGCCAGGAAGUGCAUGGCCGUCUACCAGACGUACAUCAACGCCAUGAACGACAAGAUCCGCAAAGCCAUCAAUGUCAACAAUCCAUUUGUUUUCAAGCACAUCAGCAACCUGAAGAGCAUGGACCAUUUUGAUGACAUCGGUCCUAGCGUGGUGAUGGCAUCUCCUGGAAUGAUGCAAAGCGGUUUGUCCAGAGAGUUGUUUGAGAGCUGGUGCACAGAUAAGAGGAACGGCGUCAUCAUCGCUGGUUACUGCGUGGAGGGAACGCUGGCCAAGCACAUCAUGACGGAGCCUGAGGAGAUCAACACCAUGUCGGGGCAGAAGCUUCCUCUCAAGAUGUCCGUGGACUACAUCUCCUUCUCGGCGCACACGGACUACCAACAGACCAGCGAGUUCAUUCGAGCGCUCAAGCCGCCACAUGUGAUCCUAGUCCAUGGCGAGCAGAACGAGAUGGCGCGCCUGAAAGCGGCACUGAUUCGGGAGUAUGAAGACAAUGACGAAGUCCACAUUGAGGUCCACAACCCGAGGAACACGGAGGCCGUCACGCUGAACUUCAGAGGAGAAAAACUGGCCAAGGUGAUGGGCUCUCUGGCGGACAAGAAGUGUGCUCAGGGUCAGCGUGUGUCUGGCAUCCUGGUCAAGAGAAACUUCAACUACCACAUCCUCACGCCCUCUGAUCUCUCAGAGUACACAGACUUGAACGUUGGUACCGUCACACAAACACAAGCCAUCCCCUACACUGGACCCAUCUCACUGCUGGUCACACAACUCAGAUGCCUCGCUGGUGAUGUGGAACAACUGGAGACAGCAGAGAAGAUGACCUUCAGGAUCUUCAAGAACAUCACUCUGGUCCAUGAAGGCGGCAUGGUUCUGCUGGAGUGGCUCGCCAACCCGCUGAAUGACAUGUACGCCGACGUGGUGACCACGGUGGUGCUGGAGGUCCAGUCCAACCCCAACGCUCAGAAAAUUCUGGACGCUCGGCCAGAAACCUUUGACCAGGAAGUCUUCAUUGAGAGGCUGGAACUCAUGCUGCACGACAUGUUCGGAGACGAUUGUGUCCACUUCAAAGAUGACAAACAUGUAAUGAUCAGUGUGGACGGCGUGUCAGCAAUCGUGGACCCGGAGAGCAGAGUCGUGACGUGCGGAGAGGAUGAGUCUCUGAGGGAGAUGUUGGAAGUUGCCGUGCAUCGGCUCUAUGACGCCCUUUGCCCCCCCCUCUGAGAGACCACGCACACCCUGUGAUAUCAUGUCUUUUUUUCAUGUUUUUUUGUUGAUUAAAGGAAACAUUUGCUCUGA